AUGAAUAAGUAUGAGGUUAAAGGAGUAGUAGGAGAGGGAGCUUAUGGAAUAGUGUUAAAAUGUGAAAAUAAAGAGAAUAACCAGAUUGUGGCAAUAAAGAAGUUCAAAGAGACGGAGGAGAAUGAGAUAGUUAAAAAAAGUAUAUAGAGAGAGGUAAAGAUGUUAAGACUAUUGAAACAUCCAAAUAUUAUUGAUUUAUUCGAAGCUUUCAAGAGAAAAGGGAGAAUCUAUUUAGUAUUUGAGUAUGUAGAGAAGAAUUUACUUGAGGUUUUGCAAGCGUCGCCCAAUGGUUUAGAUUAAGGGUAUCUGAAGAAAAUAGCUUUUUAAUUGUUGAAGGCCAUAGAAUUUAUUCAUUAUCAUGAUAUUGUUCACAGAGAUAUCAAACCUGAAAAUAUUCUAAUCGAUAAUGAAAAUAACUUAAAACUUAUUGAUUUUGGAUUUGCGAGAAGCCUCAAUUUACCAGAUACUUUAACAGAUUACGUUGCUACAAGGUGGUAUAGAUCUCCUGAACUUCUAUUGAACUAUCAGACCUAUGGAAAAGGAGUAGAUUUAUGGGCUAUUGGUUGUUUACUUUGUGAACUAACAGAUGGAGAACCCAUGUUCCCAGGAGAAAAUGAAACUGAUCAAUUAUAUUUGAUCUAAAAGACUCUUGGGAAUUUAACACAUGAGCAAAUGGAAGUAUUUCAAAAGAAUCCAAGAUUUCUUGGAAUGAAAUUCCCUGAAAUUGGUAAACCUGAGACCAUAGAGAGAAGAUAUCUAGGCAAAUUACCUUAGAAGGCUAUUGGAUUGGUCAAAGGAUUACUGAGAAUGGAUCCUAAAGAGCGUUUCACUUGUUUGGAUGCUUUAAAACAUCCUUAUUUUGCUGAUUAUCCAGAGGCACAAGAAUAUAUUAAAUAAAUUGAGAGCAGAUAGAAUCAUGUCUAAAAUGACGGUAAUAUCAAAAGAGAUUCUGUUUUGAGUUAAUAGAAAUAGCAAACUCAAAUUGGACAUACCAAUCAAAUAAGAACCAAAAAUAUUAAACCAGUUCCUAAUUUUCUGAGUGGCCAUGUGUUGAUGUAGAGCACUGCCUAUAAUUAUAAAAUAUCUGAUUAACAUACAGCAGAGAGGGAAUUACCUAAUAUGAAAAAGACCACUUCAGUUGAUAAAUUGCCAUAGACAUAAUAUAAUGGAUUUAGUAUUGGAAAUGGCUUCUCAUUUGCACCUUCCAAAAAUUAAUAAUUAAAAGCAACUCAACCAUUAAAACAAUCUUAACCCUAAAUAAAAAUACAAAACUUAAACAUUAUUUAUAAUACCAAUACUUAUAAUUACUAAUCAUAACAGUAAUAAUAACAAUAACAAUUUCCUCAAUAACAACAGCGAAAAAUAAUAAAGAAAAAAAAUUGA